AUGGCCGCCAAUCUUAGGAGCCGCCGCAAGAGCAUAUGGCUGUCGACGAUCGCUGAGGAAUGGCGAGCAUUUUACUGGAUCUUCACCUCCGAGCCCCGAAAAGGCCCCGCCCGGCGGCCACCCCCACCGAGUCCUCUCCACCACCGCCGCGCGGCCGAUGCUCACGACAUGGACCCUCGCCUCGACCUCCUCCCCCGCGCGCGCCUACGCCGCUCCUUCCACCCAACCCCCGCCUUCAUGCCCCGCCGCCGCGACUUCUUCACCUCCAACGUCUACCUCCAGAAUAAAGAACGCUUCGAGCGAGGCCCCAGCCACGCCAACAGCGAAGAAGCGAGCGGCGCCGACGUGGACCCGGCCGCCCCCGGCGCGCACCCGGCGAAGCGCAAGGCCCGCACAACGGGCCCGGUCCGCGACGUCCCGCGACGGCGGCGGCGGCGGCGGUGCCCCUCACCGGCCUUGAUCAGCGCCGUCUGCGUCGCCGAGGGCUUCAACAUGACGGCGGUGCCCCGCCUCCUCUCCGACCGCGGCUACGAGAUCGACCCGGACGGCACGGGCUUCGAGGCCGCCGAGGUAGUGCACGCCCGCGACCCCGAGACCGGCGCCGACAUCUUUGUCUUUCCCUCGGGCACCGUCGUGACUUGGUCCCUCCCGACCGAGGAAAUCGUCGGAUACCUGCUCGAGGCCGCCGAAGACCUGCACGAACCAAGUCGCCGCGAAGCCGAGGAUCUAGACUACGUAUACGACCGCUCGCGCGACACAAGCCUCAUCAAAGACGACCUCGUCCCCUCGCGCCUCAACACCACCCUCGCCAAAGUCGCCUUCUCCUCCGGCCUCGCCCGAUCCACCAAGCUCGCCGUCCUCGAGGCCGACCUAGCCUCCUACUUUGAGCAGACCCGCUCUAUCCCCUCCAUCCUCUCCCAGGGCUCCCGCCUACGCCUCUCCCGCGCCUUCAUCCACCAAAGACGGCUCACAGACUCCCUGCCCGACAUCUUUUGGGACAGCCGCUCCGAGCUCGGCCUCGAGGGCUACUACGACCAGGUCGGCCGCGCCCUCGACGUCAACGUCCGCAUCCGCACCCUCAACCAGCGCCUCGACUACGCCCAGGACAUUGCUAGCGUCCUGCGCGAGAUGUCGAGCGAGCGCCACAGCACCCGUCUCGAGGUCAUCAUCAUCCUCCUCAUCGCCGUCGAGGUCGUCUUCGAGCUCAGGCGGGAGUGGAAGGAGCACAAGGCCCAAAAGGCAAAGGCUCUCGAGGCUAACACCGUUGUGGUUACUACCUAA